AUGGCUGCAACAGCACAAAAACGUGUGGUGGUCGUUGGCCUGGGUAUGGUGGGCAUUGCUUUCAUAGAAAAGCUGCUCAAAUACGACGCCAAAUCAAAAGAAUAUGCCAUCACAGUCGUUGGGGAAGAACCAUAUCUCGCCUACAACCGAGUAGGACUCACAACAUUCUUCGAGCACCGAAAGGUCGAAGAACUAUACAUGAACCCAGCAGAAUGGUACACAGAAGCUGGAAGCUCAUUAAACUGUCACAUCAACACAAAAGCCACACACAUCAACACCGAGGAUAAAUUCAUCGAAUGCGCAAACGGCGAGAGCUACCCCUACGACAUCCUCGUCCUCGCCACAGGUUCAGACGCUAUUCUUCCCCGUAUGCUCAAGGGUUGGGACGCAAAUGGUGUCUUCGUCUACCGCACAAUCGAAGAUUUGAACAAGCUUAUCAAGUUCUCCACCGACAAGAAGGGCACCAAUGGAGCUGUCGUUGGUGGUGGUCUUCUCGGUCUUGAGGCCGCAAAGGCCAUGCUCGAUCUUGAGACCUUUAACAGAGUCGAUGUUAUUGAGAAGGGUCAGUGGGUUCUCACAAGACAGGUCGACGAGACUGGUGGCAAGAUGGUAGCGGAUCAGGUCUCGCAACUUGGUGUGAACCUCAAUCUCGGCAAGGGCGUGUCGAGCAUGAAGACUGACGAGAACAACAACCUCACUGGAAUCAUCAUGGACGAUGGCUCAGAGAUCAGCUGCUCGACACUAUGCUUCGCUGUUGGUGUCAAGCCAAGAGAUGACCUCGCCAGAAGUGCCAACCUCGAGGUUGGACAGCGCGGUGGUAUCGUCGUUAACGAUGACUUGAGAACGAGUAUGCCCGAUAUCUACGCCAUUGGAGAGUGCGCCAGCUGGCGCGGUAUGGCAUACGGUCUUAUCGCGCCUGGUGUAGCCAUGGCCGAAGUCGUCGCUUUCAACCUUACGCAAGCCAAGCUUCACAGCCCCCAGACCUUCAAGACUCCCGAUAUGAGCACAAAACUCAAGCUCCUCGGAGUCAACGUCGCUAGUUUUGGCGACUGCUUCGCUGAUCGCGAUGGUCCCGUGACGCUUCCUCCCAAGUACGCCAGGACACUCGUCAAUGGCGACGCUAAAGAGCCCAAAUCUGUGCAGGCUCUCACAUACAAAGACCCUUUCUCUAAUGUGUACAAGAAGUACAUCUUUACCAAGGAUGGAAAGUAUCUUCUCGGCGGUAUGAUGAUUGGCGACGUCUGCGACUACGUCAAGCUUCUACCAAUGGUCAAGGCACAGAAGGAGCUUGAGGUUUCUCCCAGUGAACUCAUUCUCGGUGCCAAGAAGGACGGUGACGAGGAUACUGAUGAUCUUGACGAUGAUGCUCAGGUGUGCUCGUGUCACAACGUCACCAAGGGCGACAUUGUCAAGGUUGUCAAGGAUGGCACUUGCAAGGACAUUGCCAGUAUCAGGAAGUGCACAAAGGCCGGCACCGGCUGCGGAGGUUGUGUUCCUCUCAUAACCACCAUCUUCAACAAGACUAUGGCUUCUAUGGGCCAGGAGGUCACCAACUACGUCUGUUCACACUUCAACCACUCUCGCGCUGACCUGUUCAACAUCAUCAUGGUCAAACGCCUCAAGAACAUGGGCGAAGUGAUGCGCGAGGCUGGAAACGACAAGGAGGCACUUGGUUGUGAGCUGUGCAAGCCUGUGGUAGCGAGCAUCAUGGCUUCGCUGUGGAACAGACACGUUAUGGACAAGACAACCCACGGUCUCCAGGAGACCAACGAUCGCUUCUUGGGUAACAUCCAGCGAGACGGUACCUACUCUGUCGUCCCCCGUGUAUCCGGUGGUGAGAUUACUCCCGACAAGCUUGUGGUCAUCGGCGAGGUUGCCCAGAAGUACAACCUCUACACAAAGAUCACGGGUGGUCAGCGUAUUGACUUGUUUGGUGCCCAGAAGCAGGAUCUUCUCGAUAUCUGGGGCCAGCUUGUUGCUGGUGGUAUGGAGUCUGGUCACGCUUAUGCCAAGUCUCUGCGAACCGUCAAGAGUUGCGUUGGUUCUACAUGGUGUCGAUACGGUCUGAGUGACAGUGUCGGUAUGGCCGUUCGUCUGGAGGAGCGAUACAAGAGUAUUCGAGCCCCUCAUAAGAUCAAGGGUGGUGUGAGUGGUUGUGUGCGAGAGUGUGCUGAAGCUCAAGGCAAAGAUUUCGGUUUGAUUGCCACCGAGAAGGGGUGGAACAUCUUCGUUGGCGGGAACGGUGGUGCCAACCCUCGCCAUGCCGAGCUUCUAGCCAAGGAUGUGCCCCCGGCUGAUGUCGUGACAAUACUCGACCGAUAUCUCAUGUUCUACAUGCGCACAGCCGACAAGCUUCAGCGAACAGCCCGCUGGAUCGAGAACCUCCCUGGUGGUAUCAAAUACCUCCAAGAGGUCAUCCUCGAGGAUAAGCUGGGCAUCAAUGCCUCGCUCGAGGCGCAGAUGGAAGAACUUGUCGACAGCUUCUUCGACGAGUGGGCCGAAGCUAUCAAGAGCCCUGCCAUCGCUGCCAAGUUCAAGCAGUUCGCCAACACAAACGACACAACACGCAACAUGGAGCUCGAAGAUGACCGUGGUCAGAAGCGACCAGCUUUCUGGCCCGCAGACGCUGCGGCUACAGACAACUUCUCAGGUCUCAAGGACAAGUGGUCCAUGACUUCUUGGGAACCCAUCAUCGAAUCUUCAUACUUUGACGGUGCUGACGAGUUGCCAAACGGUAUCUCCGCUACUAUCAAGCGCGGUGACACACAGCUCGCCAUCUGGCGCAUCAAGGGCGUCUACUACGCCACGCAACAAAUGUGUCCUCACAAGCGUGCAUUUAUCCUCUCCGACGGUCUCAUCGGCCAAGAGCCCAACAAGGCUGUGACGAAUGGUGAUAAGGAUGGUGCUUCACCGUGGGUCUCAUGUCCUCACCACAAGCGCAACUUUGACCUUGGCAACGGUGCCUGCAAGACAGACGAGUCUCUCUCCAUUGCCACAUUCCCUACCGAGGCUCGAGCCGACGGUAUGUUGUACCUCAAGCUUCCGCCUGUGGAGGAGCUUGAUGCCGCCUUGGGCACAAAGAAGUGGAUGGUCAAGAAGGGCGAGGCUGGUGAGGCGCCUCUUGCUAAGCUUGACAGCAAGAUCAAGUUUGUUGGAUUGAGAGGAAAGAAGCCAUAUGUCAAGCCCACUGGUGGUGCAAAGAUGACAACUAAGCCGCUUGACCUCAUGAUGGCAGCAAAUGGUUGUGGCGGUGGUGCACCGGAAUGGUAG